GUCUGUGUGAUGGAGCUGUCUGUCUGUCUGUCUGUCUGUCUGUCUGUGUGAUGGAGCUGUCUGUCUGUCUGUCUGUCUGUCUGUGUGAUGGAGCUGUCUAACCUCCUCUCUGUUUACAUCCGAGCAGACAGGCAGAGGCCCUGAAGGCUGACAUGACAGAUUCGAAGCUCGGGGCGGCAGAGGUGUGGACGUCUCGACAGGCCCUGCAGGACCUGUACCAGAAGAUGCUGGUGACCGACCUGGAGUACGCCCUGGACAAGAAGGUGGAGCAAGACCUGUGGAACCAUGCUUUUAAGAACCAGAUCACCACGCUGCAGAGCCAGGCCAAGAACCGGGCCAACCCCAACCGCAGCGAGGUCCAGGCCAACCUGUCGCUGUUUCUGGAGGCCGCCAGUGGGUUCUACACACAGUUGCUGCAGGAGCUGUGCACCGUGUUCAACGUGGACCUGCCGUGUCGCGUCAAGUCGUCUCAGCUCGGCAUCAUCAGCAAUAAACAGAGCAACACCGGCGCCAUCGUCACCCCGCAGCCCAGCUCCUGCUCCUACAUCUGCCAGCACUGCCUCGUCCACCUCGGAGACAUAGCACGUUACCGUAACCAGACCAGCCAGGCAGAGUCUUACUACCGACACGCAGCUCAGCUGGUCCCAUCAAACGGUCAGCCGUACAACCAGCUGGCCAUCCUGGCCUCGUCUAAGGGAGACCACCUCACCACCAUCUUCUACUACUGCCGCAGCAUCGCAGUGAAGUUCCCCUUCCCAGCAGCCUCCACCAACCUGCAGAAGGCCCUGUCCAAGGCUCUGGAGAGCCGCGAUGAGGUGAAAACCAAGUGGAGCGUGUCGGAUUUCAUCAGGGCCUUCAUCAAGUUCCACGGUCACGUCUACCUGAGCAAGAGUUUGGACAAACUGGACGCUCUCAGGGAGAAACUGGAGGAGCAGUUUCAGAGGCUGAUCUUGCAGAAAGCCUUCAGCUCUCAACAGCUGGUCCACAUCACUGUCAUCAACCUGUUUGAGCUGCACCACCUCAGAGACCUGACAGCCGACGGCGGCGAGCAGAGCUACAGCAGCGAGCAGCAGAUCAGCUGGUUCCAGCUGCUCGGACUCUUCAUGUCCUUCCUGGGCGUCAUGUGCAGCCGCGCUCUGCUCAACAAGAACCGGGGGGAGGAGAUCAUGGGGGAGUGUCCUCUGCCGGCCAUUAAGGUUUCUCUGGACUGGCUCAAACUGAGACCCAGCGUCUUCCUUGAGGCCGCUGUGGACAAGAGGCAGCAUGUCUGGCCCUGGCUGGUCUCCAUCCUCAACAGUUUCCAGCCCAAAGAGGACGACGUGUCCUGUUCCUCAGUGACGCCCCUGCCUGAGGAGUUUGAGUUGCAGGGUUUCUUGGCGCUCCGGCCCGCUCUGAGGUCCCUGGAUUUCACUAAAGGUCAUCAGGGCAUCCUGGUGGACAGGGACGGCCUGCCGGUCCACACUCGGCAUCAGAGACUCAUCAGUCUGGGCAAAUGGGUGGCCGACAACCACCCGGGGCUGAUCCAGUGCAGAGUGAGUGAGGACGGCCUCCUCGUCUUCAUCACCGACAUUCCAGAGCAGGCCAUCGAGGAGCCGCAGGAGAAGGAGGCGCCGGUGCUGCAGGAGUCGUCCAACGGCGAGCAGACGGCCAACGACGGUGGGAACUCCGGCCUGAAGUCGGUGCUGUCAGCGGGGAAGACGCAGAGCUCGUGGCCCGACAGCAGCGACCGACCCGUCGUCACCUUCAAGGAGAACAUCAAACCCCGGGAGCAGAGCCGCGAGCCGACACGGAACCACCACCUGAAGGACAGCGGCAAAGAGCGCCGGGACUUUGCCAAAGGCAACGGGGCUGCUGGGAAAGGAGAGCUGAAGAGGGACGGGAAGAGGAAGAGUGAGCUGAAGAAAGCCGGACAUGAGAAAAGCAGCGAUGCUGGAAAACAGGUGCAGACAUCGGACCUCAUCGUCGACAGUCACAAUAUUGUAACGAGGACUCGCGUUGAACCGUUGUCGUUGUUUUCUGUCGCUCAGGUGAAGGCGCAGACGGAGCUGAGGAAGACUCCGGUCUCUGAGGUGAAGAAGACUCCUGUCACUCAAACUCAAACCACCUGCUCCUCCCAGUUCAUCCCCAUCCAUCAUCCUGGAGCCUUCCCACCACUGCCCAGCAGACCUGGUUUCCCCCCCUCCGCCUACGUGAUCCCUCCCCCGGUGGCAUUUCCGGGGCUUCAGGUGAAUCCGGGCUUCACUUUCUCCACCGGCGUGUCCGUCCCCGGACCUUUCCUCCAGCCCGGCGUCCACACCCAGGCCGGCAAUCAGGCCGGGAAGCAGUCCCACAUUCCCUACAGUCAGCAGAGGCCCUCCGGUCCCGGUCCAGGUCAGGGGCCAGGAUCCACGGGCCAGGGCCCCGGACCCAUGAACCAGGGGCCCUCGCAGGGUCAGCAGCCACAGACCCAGCCGCCCUCCCAGCAGGCCUUGCAACAGUCGGUCCAGCUGCAGGUGCAGGCGAUGAGCCAGCAGCAGCAGUCUCCCACCAAGCCGGGUCAGCAGGUCGGGAUGGGCAAGAGUCCGCCUCACCACCCGGGACUCCAGCAGCAGUACAUGCAGGUCCAGGAUCAGCCGGUGCAGAUGUGGAACCAGGCUCAGGCUGCCCUGCAGAAGAUUUCUCCCAUGCAGAUGUCCAUGAAGCCACCUCAGCAGCAGCAGCAGGCCUUCUACAUGGCGGCCCAGGACCCCCUCAAACUGUACGAGCACCAGCUGCAGCCCCCCAGCAUGGACAAGAAGAUCAAGUACCCCAACGUCAAGAUGCAGGACUUCUACUGGGAGCCGUCCUACAGGAUAGGGGACGGCCUGGCUGUGAUGGCAGACAGGAUGAAGAGGCCUCCGCCGGGUGGUAUCUGUCCCGAGCAGGACCCCUCUGCUGGGCCCCGGGGACCCCCGUUUGAGGACAACAAGCCUCUUCUACCUCCUGACCUGUUAAAAACUCUAGCAGAUUUUGAGGAGGAGGAGGAGCUCGUCUUUACUAAGCCUCCUGAUUUCUUCCAGGCCCUGGCCGGCCCCCUUAGCUCUGCUCCUGGACCAAACAUAUUUCUGCCCAACCAGACCCGUAUGGAGAGCGGCCCCGAGGUCGUCGGCCAGUCAUCUUCUCUCCUGCCUAUAACCGGGUUCCCGAUGCAGGAAUACAACCAGAACAGCAUCUUCAGCCAGGCCUACGGCAAGAACCUGCCGCCCAGCUCCAAGCCCGACGUUCCCAUGAUGCACCAGGAGCCGUCCCUCUACUCCCUGUUCGAGGGCACUCCCUGGUCCCCCUCCCUCCCCGCCAGCUCAGAUCACUCCACCCCGGCGAGCCAAUCCCCUCACUCCUCCAACCCCAGCAGCCUGCCGUCCUCCCCCCCCACACACAACCACGGAGCCAUGCCCUUCUCUAACUUCGGGCCCAUAGGAACUCCGGACAGCCGGGACCGCCGGGUGGUGGACCGCUGGAAGGCCGACAAGACCGGAGCGGUCAGCGGGUUCGGUCUGGACUACCUGCCGGCCGCAGCCUCCUCUGCAGCUUCAGACACCAGCUGGCACCAGGCCGGGCCGACCGGCAGCUCCUGGACCAAUCAGGAGUCUCCAAUGGAGGAGUCGUCCUCCACCGUGCUGCUCGACAGCCUCAAGUCGAUCUGGUCGAGCUCUAUGAUGCAGCCGGGCCCGUCGGCGCUGGAGCAGCUCCUCCUGCAGCAGAAGCAGAAGCAGCAGCGAGGUCACGGCGCCAUGAACCCGCCUCACUGAACGGCAGGCCGCGGCGGCGCUUUGUGUCCGGACGUCAACAAAAAACCACCAGGAGAAAACGGGAGGAGAAAAAAAACAAGAAGUUUGACGAAGACGAGCUCCAACUAAAAUUAAACCGGUGAGAAACGGUGGAGGCUGGGGAGGCGACGCGACCCCCCGACGAGGCUGAAACACCACCUCCACCCCCCUCGGCUGUCGAGGAGCGGUGACACCCCUCCUGGACCGGAGGGCGCGGGAUCUCUUCAACCGUGGUGCCACGCGCCACGCCACCGCCGGGUUCCCUUCAACCCGCGGAAAUCUGAACAUUGAGGAACAUAACCCCCCCCUCACCACCACCACUGCCCCCCCACCACCACCAUGGUUUUGGACAGACGCCACAUCUCCGCUCUCAUCUGAAGAACUUCCUCUUUCUUUGGAACAAAAAAAUAAAAUAAAGCCGACCUCCUGGACGUCUGCUCGGUCCGGUCGGAGCGCCGGUUUUUAGCGUCUCCGCCGCCGCAGACUGAAGCGGGGGCGUUGUGAGAGAGCGAGGACGGUGUGGUGGUCGGAUUCAGGGGGGCGGAGGUCAGGUGAAGCAGUGGGGGUCAAUAUAGACUGAACUCUCUGAUCUCUCAUUCAUUUUCAUUACUGUGGAGGAGGAGGAGGAGGAGGAAGGCUCUCUGUAGUUUAGUGGUUGAAUGAAGGAAGGAAAGGAGGACGGUGGGAGUUGGUACAGCUAUAUAAAUAUAUAAAUAAAUAUAUAUUGCCAUAGUUGGACUUUAAACGGACCUUGUCUCUUAGCCGUGUUGUGAGAACGCCGCCUGUGAAGCGAAGCGUCACCUGGACUGUCCGACCUUUUUUAAAGGAAGAGCCCGAAGGCGCGGCGGCGGCGACGGGGCGGCUUCGUGGUGCCAGUAAACGUCACAGGAAGGGAAGAAGUACAAGGGAGAGAGGGGGGGCUAAGAACAUAAAAAGCCCGUCACACUUAGGGAUAGUAUUACCGUUAGCUUCAAGAGAUUGCAGAUAUUAACAAAAAAAACUGUAUUUUGUGAUUUGUUCGUAGCAGUUUUAGCUUCACGCCCUCUGAGGUGAAUACAGGUAUGUCUAUUAGCUUCCUGCUUGAAUAUUUUCGGGGUUCUCUUCCUCUCCGGCCUCUUCUUCCUGUUAUUUCUUUACUUAAUGAAGAAAAAAAAAAAAAAGAUGUAACCCUGCUCGCUUACUUAACCGUUUCUUUUGUUCAUGUUCUGCCUUUUUACUAGUUUUAAGCAGCUCUGUCGGCUCUUCUGUGCCUGCUCCCUGUCCCGUUAUACUGACUGCUGUAAAGGUUAGCACGAGGCCACCGACAGACAGACAGAUAGACAGACAGACAGGCAGGCAGGUAGGUGUAUACAGGUAGUUGGCUCAGCCUGAAUGUUUUCCACUAUGUUUUCUUCGAUAACCACUACCGCAGCUCGACCCUGUACAGCAGAUUUUUUUAUGGAUCGUAGCGUCCGGAAGCAGCUCUCUUUUAUUUAACCUGUAACUGAAGCCCUCAACCUGAAGUACCCGGGAACUACGGAGCCACAUGAACCACACUCAGGAACUAAAAGCUGAUUUUUGUACAGUAACAUUUGCCCCCCCCCCGUAACUAACUCCUGAGUAAGUGAUUCAUACUUUAGUUUAAAGUGACGUCUUCAAAAAAAGCUUGUUUUUGAUCAGGACUGAAACCCGAACAGGGAAGAGAGUUUUUCCACUUCGGCUUCAUAAUAAUAAUCAAACUUGUUGCCCAGUAAUUUAUCCACUGAUCAGUUUGACUCAGUUCUAAUCUUUGUCUAAAUAUUGAGUAGAAAAAGCAGUUUGAGAUCCAGUUUUCACACAAACUGAGUCUGUGUGUUGUUCAGGGCUCCAACGAACUCCGUCUCUCGAGUUAUUGAUUCAUACUUUAGUUUAAAAUGUAAUAAAAGUUAGUUUUGGAUCAGGUCCACAACGUGAUGAUCAGAAAUGUCGCCCGUCUUUAUAACUGCAGCGCCGCCCUGUGGUUUGUUUUACAGUUAUUUAAUUCAGCUUUUUCCCCGAUGGUUCAUCUGACCCGAACCCGAUCGCUUAUUUAGGAACUAAAUGUAAAGUUUCCGAGUUCCCUAAAAAAGGUUCCUGAGUUCCUGAAAAGUUCCUGUGGUGGAAACGGGCUGAACGGCUCUGUUGGGUUUUAUUUCUGCUGUUUCACCCUCGUAGAGCAUUUACACGCCGUCGGUCCCGGUUGUUUUUGAGCCAAUCAGAAAGCAGCGAGUGACAGCUGACCAAUCAGGGCGCUCCGAGGCUCCGGCGCCCCCCUUACAGGCUUCAGGCUUUGCGGGUUGUGACGGUUUAGACUGCAGCACUGUAAGUAACUUCCUGUCCAGUUUAAACCAGCAGAAAGCUGUUUUUCUACCUUCAAAGUAAAACGCCCAUCGUUUAGUUUCCAAGGGAUUAAAAAUAAAAUAAAAGCCUGUUUUAAUUUUCCCGCCGAGGGCCUUUUAUUAACGCAGACUUCAGAGACGUGUCUAUUUUCUGUGUGAUUGUGCUUUUCAUGUUGCAUUUACAAAAUGUAUUUGAAAAAUAAUAAAAGAUAAAAUAUUAAUGAAUGUGAGGACGAAUUUGGCCAGAAGCGUCAAGGAGAGAGGGAAAAAGUGCAGUUUGUUUUCAUGUUAAAGCUGACCACGUGGAUCUGAGCUGGGUUCUGCUUCUGGUUGCCUUUGUGUUGUGUUUUUUGGAGUAAGAACAGAACGGACCGGGAUCUGUCGACGACAUUCCACUCUGGAAGAUGUUUGGGAGGUUUCAGAGAGGAAACAUCAGAACUGAGCUUUGUGUUUCUGUCUCACUGGUGGAAUCAGCCUUUAAAUAAACGUAAACUAUGUUCUCCCUUAA